CUGGAUUAAUUGUGGCGACUGGGCGCGCUGAGCAGCAGCCAUCAGCGAGCAUACACUAGGCGUCAUUAACGGCGAGGGAGGAGGUCCCUAUUGACAUAGUCUGCCCCUUUUUUCCCUUUAUCGUCCCCCCUCCCUUAAGCUAUAAAUGAAAUGGGAGUGUUAACAAUGCCAGGCUGUUUGCCGUCGGUGGUUUCUCGUGCCAGACUAAUCUAAUACCGCAUCAUGCUUUUUUGGGGGAGUGUGUGUGCGCGAGCGAACGAAAGCGCGUGAGUGUGCUGUCAGCCAUUUUAUCGUAUAUUCUUUAAAAAAACAUUCAGCUGAUGUGUAUAAAUACCGUGGAUACAUUUGUUGCACCAAAUGUAAGAUAAUGUCCUCUGCGUGCUUUUGAUAUCUAUUUUUUUCCGUUGUUGAAAUACGGAGACAGGCUGUGCUUACUGGAAAGUGGAGUGAUGUUCCGUUUGACGUUUGAGUCUGUGAGCGGCGACGACUCUCCCAGCUGUGGCGUCUUCAGCCGGACAGGCUGACUGCACACGGCGAGGCACAAGGAGGGGACAGGGGGAGAUAGCACGAGAGAAAGCGAGAGAGAAAGAGGAGAGCGAACGAACGAGCGAGCGAGAGAGAGACGAACCAGGAUGUUAAAAUUCAGGACGGUCCACAUUUUUUCAUUAUGAAACCAUUAGCGAUCUCUGCCAACCAUGGAGUCUUGGGCCAACAAGAUAAAAACGCCCUGCCUGCAGACUUCUCCAAGCUCCACCUGGCCGACAGCCUCCACCCGCAGGUGACCCACGUGUCGUCCAGCCACUCAGGAUGUAGCAUCACCAGCGACUCCGGGAGCAGCAGCCUGUCAGACAUUUACCAGGCCACGGAGGGCGAGACGGGGGACAUGGACCUCAGCGGUCUGCCGGAGACGGCGGUGGACUCAGAGGAGGAUGACGAUGAGGAAGAUAUCGAGCGGGCGUCGGACCCCCUGAUGAGCCGGGACAUCGUGCGGGACUGCCUGGAGAAGGACCCCAUGGACCGGACCGACGAUGACAUCGAGCAACUGCUGGAGUUCAUGCACCAGCUGCCUGCGUUCGCUAACAUGACGAUGUCGGUGAGGAGGGAGCUGUGUGCGGUCAUGGUGUUCGCCGUGGUGGAGCGGGCCGGCACCAUCGUCCUCAACGACGGAGAGGAGCUGGACUCCUGGUCGGUGAUCCUGAACGGCUCGGUGGAGGUGACGCACCCGGAGGGGCGGGGGGAGAUCCUCUGCAUGGGGAACAGCUUUGGCGUGUCCCCCACAAUGGACAAGGAGUUCAUGAAGGGCGUGAUGAAGACCAAGGUGGACGACUGCCAGUUCGUCUGCAUCGCCCAGCAAGACUACUGCUGCAUCCUCAACCAGGUGGAGAAGAACAUGCAGAAGGUGGAGGAGGAGGGCGAGAUCGUCAUGGUGAAGGAGCAUCGCGAGCUGGACCGCACCGGCACCAGGAAGGGCCACAUCGUCAUCAAGGGCACAACGGAGAGGCUGACGAUGCACCUGGUGGAGGAGCACUCUGUGGUGGACCCCACCUUCAUCGAGGACUUCCUGCUCACCUACAGGACCUUCCUGUCCAGCCCCAUGAUUGUGGGCAAGAAGCUCCUGGAGUGGUUCAACGAUCCCAGCCUCAGGGACAAGGUUACACGGGUAGUUUUGCUGUGGGUGAACAAUCACUUCAACGACUUUGAAGGCGACCCUGCAAUGACUCGCUUUCUGGAAGAGUUUGAGAACAAUCUGGAAAGAGAGAAGAUGAACGGGCACCUGCGGCUGCUGAACAUCGCCUGCGCGGCCAAGGCCAAGCUGCGGCUGGUGACGCUGACCAAGGCGUCGCGCGAGGCCCCCCUGGCCUUCACCCUGCUGGGCGGCUCCGACAAGGGCUUCCGCGUCUUCAUCGACAGCGUGGAGGCGGGCAGCAAGGCCGCCGAGGCCGGCCUCAAACGCGGCGACCAGAUACUGGAGGUGAACGGGCAGAACUUUGAGAACGUGCAGCUGUCCAAAGCCACGGAGAUCCUGAAGAACAACACUCACCUGUCAAUCACUGUGAAAACGAACCUGCUGGUGUUCAAGGAGCUGCUGGCCAGGCCGGCAGAGGAGAAGAAGAACGGCGCGCCGCACCUGCCCAAGAUCGGCGACAUCAAGAAGGGCGGCCGCUACUCCAUCCCGGACCUGGCGGCCGACCUGGCGGUGGACGUGGAGCACGUGAUGGGCCUGGAGAAGGCCGGCAAGAAGAGCAAGGCCAACACUGUGGGCGGCCGGAACAAGCUGAAGAAGAUCCUGGACAAGACCCGCAUCAGCAUUCUGCCACAGAAGCCCUACAAUGACAUGGGGAUCGGCCAGUCGCAGGACGACAGCAUCGUGGGCAUGCGGCAGUCCAAACAGAUCCCCCCCGCGCUCCCCGUCAGCGGCAACCUGUCGUCCAGCAACCCCGACCUGCUGCAGACCCACCACCGCAUCCUGGACUUCAACAACCCGCCAGCCCCGAUUACGAGCAACCUGCCGGACCAGGUGCUGCGGGUGUUCAAGGCGGACCAGCAGAGCCGCUACCUGAUGAUCGGGCGGGACACCACGGCCCGGGAGGUGGUGGUGCAGGCCAUCCGCGAGUUUGGGCUGACGGCGGCGCCCGAGGCCUACUCCCUGUGCGAGGUGUCCGUCACGCCCGAGGGCGUCAUCAAGCAGCGCCGGCUGCCCGAGCAGCUCUCCAAGCUGGCCGACCGCAUCCAGCUCAGCGGCAGGUACUACCUGAAGAGCAACAUGGAGACGGAGACGCUGUGCUCGGACGAGGACGCGCAGGACCUGCUGCGCGAGGGCCAGCUCUCGCUGCUGCAGCUCAGCACGGUGGAGGUGGCCGCGCAGCUCUCCAUGCGCAACUUCGAGCUCUUCGCCGCCAUCGAGCCCACCGAGUACAUCGACGACCUCUUCAAGCGCAGGUCCCGCACCGGCGCCGCCAACCUCAAGAAGUUCGAGGAGGUGAUCAACCUGGAGACCUUCUGGGUGGCCUCGGAGGUGGUGCGCGAGCCCAACCAGCUCAAGCGCAUGAAGAUCGUCAAGCACUUCGUCAAGAUCGCCCUGCACUGCCGCGAGUGCAAGAACUUCAACUCCAUGUUCGCCAUCAUCAGUGGGCUGAACCUGGCUCCAGUGUCCAGACUCCGGGGCACCUGGGAGAAGCUCCCCAGCAAGUACGAGAAGCUGUUCCAGGACCUGCAGGACCUGUUCGACCCGUCCAGGAACAUGGCCAAGUACCGCAACGUGCUCAACAACCAGAACCUCCAGCCCCCCAUAAUCCCCCUCUUCCCCGUCAUCAAGAAGGACCUGACGUUCCUGCACGAAGGCAACGACUCCAAAGUGGACGGUCUGGUGAACUUCGAGAAGCUGCGGAUGAUCGCCAAGGAGAUCCGGCACGUGGGCCGCAUGGCGUCCGUCAACAUGGACCCCGCCCUCAUGUUCAGGACGAGGAAGAAGAAGUGGCGCAGUCUGGGGUCUCUGAGCCAGGGCUCGGCCAACGCCGCCAUGCUGGACGUGGUGCAGCCGGGCGGCCACAAGAAGCGCGUGCGCCGGAGCUCCUUCCUCAACGCCAAGAAGCUGUACGAGGACGCGCAGAUGGCCCGCAAGGUGCGCCAGUACCUGUGCCACCUGGCGCCCGACGCCAACGAGGAGGCCCUGCAGGCCAUGUCCCAGCAGUGUGAGCCGUCCAGCAACACGCUGCCCAAGAGCGCCGGAGACAAGAAGAAGCCGGACACGUCGCCGGUGGUCCCGCGUGCCGCGGCAGGGCAGGCCAAAGCCCAGCCGCACCCGCCCCACCCGCCCCAGCCCCCACACCCGCUGCCGAAGGGCCCCCAGGCCCUGCAGGUCCCCGCCGUCUCCCUCUACCCCUCCCGCAAGAAAGUGCCAGUCAAGGACCUGCCGCCGUUCGGUACAAGUUCACCUCAAGCCUUGAAGAAAAUCUUGUCGUUGUCAGAGGAGGCCAGCGAGAGGCACAGAAGGCAGACUGAGGACACCGUCUCCAACGCCUCCUCCCAGCUCUCCUCCCCGCCCACCUCCCCCCAGAGCUCCCCCAGGAAAGGAUGUGGUUCCCAGGGGAACCGCGGGAUUAGACACGCCUCCUUUCACAGCAGGACAGACGCUGCGGGUGGCAGCCAGCGGAGGGCGCACUCCCGCAGUCAGUCAGAGCUGACGGGCUCCUCCUCCUCCUCCUCCUCCUACCUGGCCUGCGAGAACAGUAACCGGAAUAACAAUGGCGGCCCGCGGCACUCUGGGAUAGGCUACCCCCUGCCUCCCAGCGGGACGGUGGAUAACUUCUCCGAUUCGGGGCACAGCGAGAUCUCCUCGCGCUCCAGCCUGGUCAGCAACUCCUCGCUGGACCUGAUGGGGGAGGAGCGUCGGCAGCGGCUGUCCGUCAGCGCCGUGGACUCCGCCCUCGGCCGCCGCCCACCGCCGGACCCGGACCAGUACAGCCUCGGGUCCUACGCCUCGAUGCAGGACGGCCGGACGCUGUACGCGGGGGGGCCCAUCGUGCUCUCCUCCCCCAGCACGGACGAGCUGACGCAGGACCAGCACGACCGCGCCUCCCUGGACGCUGCCGACAGCGGGCGGGGCAGCUGGACGUCCUGCUCCAGCGGCUCCCACGACAACAUCCAGACCAUCCAGCACCAGAGGAGCUGGGAGACGCUGGCGGAGGGAGGGGCGGGGCUGUGGGCGGAGUCAGCGGCGUGGGCGGACCAGGGGGCGCGGCCGGGCCGGGGGAGCUGGGCCUCCUCCACGGGUUACUGGGGCGAGGAUUCGGAGGGCGACACGGGCACCAUCAAGCGCCGAGGCGGGAAGGACGUCAGCGCCGACCCCGAAACCAGCAGCAUCACCUCCGUCACCUCCGAGGACUCCAAACCGCCGGGACGACCCUCCCACAUCACCGUCACCUCCAGCAACGCCAAGAGCCUGAUGACGCGGAAGGAAGGGCGGUUUCGGGAGCCCCCCCCCACCCCGCCGGGCUACACGGCCCUCACCCUGUCGGACUUUGGGGAGGGCGCGGGGCACGCGGGGCGGAGGCCUCCGGACUACAACGUGGCGCUGCAGCGCUCGCGCAUGGUCACGCGCUCCUGCGACUCGCCCCUCCCCCCCGCCCUGCCCCCCCCGCGGCCCCACGGCCGGCCCCACUGCUCCCGGCUCCCCCACUUCCGAUCGCAGGGGCUGUCGGCCGAGGAAGAGGAGGAGGAGGAAGAGGCGGCAGCGGCGGCGGCGGAGGAGGCGGUGGUUGUGGAGGAGGGUGAGUCCUUGUCUCCCAAACUUAUUCCUGUGAGGAGGACAGUGGCUUAUGCACCUGAAACUACCAGGCCUUGACUUACAGGGCAGGAGAGAGGCAGGUAAACACACCGCGCACCCCCGACAGAACCCGCAAAAAAACCUGCAUGCAACCAAGGCGCAGACAACACGCCUCACCAGCAGGUGGCGUCCACCGCAUCCUGGACCCCUCAUGCAUGCGUUUCGGGCACCUGGUUCAUCUCAUGGUUUGCAUCUACAGCACUACACUGUCAUAGUCGUGAGGAAACGCCACUGUGCGCGUGUGUGUGUGUGGGUGCGGGUGCGUGUGUGUGAGGGGUGUUGUGGCUGUCGCCGUGGUUUGGGAUGAUGAUGCUGAUUGGUCGUUGACGUGCACUCAUUCACCUUCCAUUGGCUCGUGUGAAGUGUGCCUGUUUGCCACGAGCACUGUCACCAGGCUGGAGAGAAUGCGCUGCUCCACGCCGCUCAUAUUCACCCUCAUGCUGUGUCAUGUGUUCACUGCUAACGAAUGUCCCACGUGCGGCUUCACCUGCGCACACAGUCACGUAGUUUAACUGUGCUCACGAUGUGCAUCGGUGCAUAAACUCGGCAGAGGUACAGAACGCUCACUUUGUGACAUCACAGCAGCCAUAACCCAGCGUUCUGCGGAAAAUAUGAGACCCAGUGCUGAUUUCCUCUUUCUCUUGUGUGAUGUUCUGUAGCCAGUUCAUUAUCAGUACAAAUGCACCUUUAGUGUAGUGUAACCCAAGCAGUGUGUGGGCCUCUGCGCUCAGGGAUUUGCACACUUGGUGACUUGCACACUUAGUGAUUUGCGCACUUGUGUGUUACCCAGAAUAGCAAGGGUCUGUAGCCCUGGUCCUGGUGUGGCCCCACAGUGUCUGCUGUUGAUUUUUGUUUUCAAUUUGAAACGAGCAACCAGCUCAGCCCCAAGAAAGCAGGUUAGCUGAGUCAGCAGUGAUCAGUGUGUGAUGAAAACCAGCAGACCCUGCAGCUCUCCACUCCAGGACCGGGAGUGAAGAUGAGUAUCAGUACAGCAGUGGUAGUACAGGCCAUUCCAUCUCACUUUAGUCAUGCUUAGUUUGAGUUUUCUGAUAGAAUGUAACUGGCAGAACAGCACCAUCUGCUGGCGGUUACUGAGAAUGCUGGAAAUGAGCCAAGCUUCUAUGAUGAUUGACUGACCGAGUUUCCUCCCUCUCCCUCCUUUCUAGAAGAUGAACAAGUGUCUGCAGUGUGAGGAUGUCGCCCCCUGCUGGAUGUUUUUUUAUUUUUUGGGUUUGUUUUUUUGCGACGCCUUUGCCGCCGGUUUGGGGAGCAGCGGAGCCCCCCCCACCGCCCCUUCCUGUCGGGCAGGACUCUGAUGGCCUCCUUCCCUGCCUUAAAUCAGCCAGGGGGCCCUCGCAUCCCCAGCAUGACAAAUACUGUGAAAGAAAGAGAAACGGAAAAAAAACAUACGCCUUGGCACUUUGGAUAAAGGAAAGGACGAACUGUCGCUUGAAUUACGGAGGGAAAAAGAACAAAGCACAGUGAUGUAACGUGGAAUAGUCACACGCUACCGCUGACACUCAUCACACCCACCGCCAUUCCAAGAGCCCUCCACUUUUGUGUUUGCACCACCCCCAUUCUCCAAGACUCCUCCCCUUCCUGUUUACAAACACACACCCCCAUUCCAAGACUCCUCCCCUUCCUGUUUACAAUCACCACCCACAUGCUGAGCAUCGGCUGCACUUUCUUCUUUUGUAUUUUUAAUUUUAAUUUUUUUUUUUUCUUCUGGAUUUUAACCAGAACAAACGGACAUUACCGCUUCUUGCGGGUUUUCAACUUCCUACUAGAUCAUGUCAGAAUUUUAGCACUCUGGACAAAGACCUCUGGAUUGUGCUGAUUUCCCAAGAUCCUUUGCAUUAUUAUUGUUAUUUUUUAAAAUACGUACGUCCUACUUAGAUAACAAAUGUGUAAAUGCGUCUCCAUGACUACAGUAUUAUUCUUAUUUGACCUGAUUUUGGGGUUUUGUAAGCUUUUAGCGGAACUGGGCGAAAUUCGCAGGGAGAGAUGGCGGUAGACAUUGGUGUUCUCGCGAGGCGCUCCCGCGAGACGCUUCCGGGGCCACGCGCGCUUAGCUUAGCUUAGCUGCGGUCCUCACCGUCUGACUGCCUCCGUGUGGAAGAACGGAACUCUGCUGAUAGGUGCGAUGGUAGAUUUCUGCUGCAUGUGUAACAAACAAAAAGAAAAGAUAAAAAAGGCUGGCUUACAACAACCCGCUCUCUGCUGCUAAGUAACCUCAAUUAUGAACUGAAAAAAAAACUUUCUGUUGGGUUUUUAUUCUUUUUUUUUUUUUUUGAGACUCCGGGGAAAUAUGAAAACAUAUACCUGAAGGCUGCCAACCUAAGUAGUACUCAAAUGUGAGGCACUGCUGGUCUUUUCAUUUGUUUUUAUUAGUAUCCAUGAGUUCAGCUGAUCAUAUUGAUCAGUAGGUAAAAUUAGAUUUUAUGAAAGAUAUUGCAGUUUUUUUCACUGUAUUGUGUAUCUUCAGUGCUUUAUUUAAUAUUUUUCCUCUCCUGAGAAAUCGUUUUAUUUUUUUCUCUUUUUUCCCCCUGAUUCAGUUGCCAGUUAUGAGUUUGUAAUUUAAUGGUAAUAUUCAUUAAUUGGUUUUGUUCUAGUCUGGAGAUUGUGUCGUAUAGGCAGACAGAAUACUAGUACAAAUACAAGUUGCACAAAAAAUGUAUAAGCAUAAGGUAAUUGUAGUGAAUAGAACUGCUAAUUUCAGUUCGAUCUGUGAUGUCAAGUGUAAAAUGUACAUUUAAUAGGUGAUUUCCUCAUACUUUUGAUACUACUUGUACCUGUAUGUCUUUUAGAAAGACAAUCGGUGGAGUCUGUAUCCUUUUUGUAUUUUUAAUACAAUAAUUGUACAUAUUGGUUAUAUUUUUGUUGAAAAUUGUAGAAAUGUACUAUGUCUAUGCCUCAACUUCCAGUUUAUAUAAAAACUGGGAACCAAUAAAUACAGCAAAAAUCAA